CAACAGCCUCAUUCCACCCCACAUCUUCCUAUCCUAAAGACCGUCGGGAUAUUCAAUAAAUCGAAUAUAUUGCCCACAUUUUUUUCUUCCUUCACUACCCCCGGUCGAAAACACCUGAAAACCAGCCACCAUGUCUGAGCGCAAGGUCUUGACGAAAUACUAUCCCCCGGACUUCGAUCCGUCGGCGAUCACGCGCACGCCGCGUCAUCUAAGAGGAACAGGACCGAAGCUUAUGACCGUACGAUUGAUGGCGCCAUUCAGUAUGAAAUGCAUGCAUUGUGGAGAAUACAUCUACAAAGGCCGCAAAUUCAACGCCCGGAAAGAAACCACCGAGGAGAAAUAUCUCACUAUCCCCAUCUACCGCUUCUACAUCCGCUGUACGCGAUGCAGCGGCGAGAUCACUUUCAAGACAGAUCCGAAGAAUAUGGACUACCAAUGCGAAAAGGGCGCGAAGCGGAACUUUGAACCCUGGCGAGAUUCCAAGGCGGAGAACUACAACGAGACCGAAGAGGAGACGCUAGCUCGAUUAGAGAGGGAGGAGAAUGAGGAGCAAGAGCGCCUGGAGCGCGAUAAGAUGGCGGAGCUGGAGGAGAAGAUGCUUGAUUCGAAGCGCGAGAUGGCUGUUGCGGAUGCGCUGGACGAGAUCCGCACGAGGAAUGCGCGUAUUGAGCGCGGAGAGGCGCUAGGUUCGGAUGUUGCGCUGGCGCAUGUGAGAGACGAGGUCAACGAGGCAAAGUUGAAGGAGGAGCAGGAAAUUGAAGAGGCAGCACGAAGAGCAUUCAUGACUGCUAGUGGGGAGAAAGUGAAGAGGAUAGUCGAGGAUGAGGUGGACACCACUCCUGCGACGGAGGAAAAGAAAGAAAUGCCCGCACCGUCCUUUGCGCGCGUUAAAAAGCCGAAGAAACAGCCAUUCUCGGCCGGUCUUGGUAUCAAGAAGAAGCCGUCUCUCGUAUGAGCUUUUUAAUGUUCAUUAUGAUCUAUCAUUCCAUGAGAUUCAGGCGUUUGGGCUUUCCUAUACAUAUGUAUGUACACUAGGUUUUAUUAUGGAGGAUUUACUUUUCACUCUAGCACCAAAGAUAUGAAGUUGUUCGGACUUGCUUGCUUAAGACAUUCUUAAUAUUCAAGGGGGAAUAGAAUUAAAUUAAGAGUAUUCAUAUCGCCAUAAUACUAGGACCAAUAUUUUCUAGCGGGGAAAUUGCGGCAGUUAGAGUGGUUAAAUA